AUGGAUCUGAGUGUGCAAGUGUCGUUCUCCACGCGGGAUACGAGGUACUCUGUUCCCUCGCAUCCAAUAAGUGUUCCACGAUCAUCUACUACUGAUGACCUAAGAGAUAUUCUUCGAGAACUGCUACAAGGCCAUGCAAACUCAAUUUCUUUUGAUUUUCUUUUGCACAAUGAAUUCAUUGAAGGAACACUGGAUGAAUUUCUAUCGAAGAAGAAUAUUACGCUGGUAAUCUUUCGGUUUCUCCUGGUAACUUGUAUUAUUACGGGCAGCUAUGAUGGGGCUGUACAGCUACAAGAUGUUAAGUGCGCCGAACCAAUAUUUACUCUUUCCCUUGGAGAGCAGGUUAAAUCUGUCGAAUGGAUCAAAAAAGGUACCACCGAUUCGGAGGAUUCCAUAUUUGUCACUGGUGGAUUCGCUCAGUUUAUUCGAAUUUGGGUAUGGAAUGCUGCCAAAACUUCAGUUGAAUGUGUUGCUGUGUGCAGGGGCCACAAGGAAACGAUAAUGUCACUUUCUUCAUCUUCGUCAAUUCCUGGUUGUAAUGUUCAUCUUUUAGCUUCAUCCUCUUAUGACUCUACAAUUAAGGUGUGGUCUUCCGAUCCUGCGAAAACUGAUCUCGUUAUGGAAACUGGAGGCGUAUCGCACAAACGCAAAUCAGAGGACAAAAUUCCGGUUCGAAUCCCACGAGUAACCCUUGCAGGGCACCGAAACAUGGUGAGCCGGGUGUCCUGGUAUUCGGAGGGCGUUGCUUCGACAACCGUACCAAAGCUCAUCUCUUGCAGUUGGGAUCAGUCCAUUCGUCUGUGGGAUGUGGACACUGGAAGUGACAGUCAGACUGUUGCAAAGAAGUGCGGCGAGACCCGCUGCAUCAUGGUGGGCAGCGCUUUGCAUGACCUUUCCGUCGCCCCACAGGGGGUUCUGGUCGCCGCUUCUGACAACAAGGUCCGAAUUUUCGACCUCAGAGCCAAAGAUGCUCUUGCUCAAAUUGGCUUCCAGAGUCAUGAAGGUUGGUUAACGUCGAUAACCUGGGCACCUCACCGAGCCGAUCAAUUUGUAACAGGUUCGGUGGACAAGCUAGUGAAGUUGUGGGACACCCGACGCAUCUCUGCACCACUCUUUGAUCUUAUGGGCCACCAGGAUAUUGUUACUGCAGUGGAUUGGGCUCCUCCCGACAAAGAUGGCCAGCACUACAUUGUCAGUGCCUCGGCCGAUGGAACUGCUAAAGCCGCAUCGAAGGUGGGAGUGACCACGGUAACCCACUUUCUUUUGAAAACGAGUUGGUUUAAAAUCGCUGAAUUUUCGUUUCUGAGUUCAAAUCGAUUACAAGUUGUGAAAAAUGGACUGGUAAAGCGUUUUAGCACUCAGGCUACAGUAUGCUAUGAGUUCAGAUUGGGUGAAUGUUUUCUGUUAACUUACACGCUGUGUCAACUUCACAGGUAUACGGUGGAGUCGAUAAUGCCCUUGAUACUCCUCUGUGGGUAUCCGUGUUCAGGCAAGACGGUGGUGACCAUGAUGCUGGCCGGUUUGUUGCGUGAACAGAAUCUAGACUGCGCUGUUGAGGUCAUCUCCGAGGCAGCUGUCGCACGUGCUAUCUCACCGAACGAUUCUAGUGAGCAGGAUCCUCGAAUAGCCAUCUUCACCAAUGCCAGUCUGGAGAAACAGCUGCGUUCGCAGAUAAAUUCGACACUGUGUGUACUGGUGGAUGCGAACAAUUACAUCAAGGGGUAUCGAUAUGAGAUGUACUGUGUAGCGAAGGCCCUACGCCAACAGCAGGCCGUUGUCUAUUGCACAACAUCCGAGGCGACGUGUCGGGCAAACAAUGCACAGGCAGCCCGCUACCCACAGGAGCUCUUCACAGACCUUGUCAAUAGAUUUGAACCCCCAAACGGCGUCUCACGAUGGGAUAGCCCACUCUAUGAAAUUUGUCUGCCGGGAGCAAAUGGACCUCUUGAUCCUGAAGACGAACUUAAACAGUCGGUAGAGGAUCUGGCGAAUCGUGUGAUCCAUGACCUCCUUCAGUCAACCGUGAAAAUCAAACCAAACCGGUCAACUAUUGUUCCAAAAUCCGCAGCCGCCGACUACGUUCAGGUUGUUGAAAGGACCGUUAAUAAGGUAAUUAGCAUAAUCCUUGCCGCUCAAUCACGAGGCGACAAAAAGGCGGCCCUACCCAAUCAGGAGGACGUGAUCCUUCAACUUCCCAGCCAAGAGACUUGGACGCCGGCCACACUUGCUAAAGCCAAGCGCCACUUCUUCGCUUUUAUUCGAUCUGAGGCAAGGCUAGCCAAACUAACAAACGAGGAUGAGAUCAGUGUUCUUUUUGUCCGUUUCCUCGGAAAUGAAACUCAACGACUCACAUCCUUAACCUGA